AUGUCGCUGCCACCGAGCUCGCCCCGGCUGCCUAGCCCCCCACCACCGGCCGAGAUUCAAAUCGGACCCAAAUCGCCGCUUAUGGGCGCCAACGCAGCACGCCAGACGACGCAGAUGGAACAGACGGCCAUCGACGUCAACGCAAAACGGCGCAGUCAUCGAGGCACAAAGGCGGCCGAUAUGGCCGCGGGGCCGCCCCUGGUACCGUUGCACGAGCUCGACUCGGCCUUUCAGCUUCAGGAACACCUGGCAGCCCUGCACUACCACCACACCGCGAGCCACACGACGCCAAUCAACCGCGACACAGCAGAACUUCUCGCCACUCCGCCGGCCGGCGUCGACAAGACGCUGUGGCUGUACGAGCUCUGCCGCUUUCUCAUCGCCCAGUGCAACAGCUUGAUCGUCGGCUUCCUCUUCGACACGCCCCCGUGCAGCGCCGCCACCUGCCCCGAGAUGCGAGCCGGCGAAUGGCAGUUUCUGUGUGCCGUGCACGACGCCCCCAAGAGCUGCUGCGCCAUCGACUACUGCUGCCACACGCUCGACUGGGCCACCAACGUCGUGACGAACCCCAAGAUCUUCCCCAGUCGCUUCGUCGUGGACGCGCACGACAGCAACACGGCCGUCAAGAACCUGAUCAACAUCUUCCGCCGCCUGCACCGCAUCUUCGCCCACGCCUGGUUUCAGCAUCGCGGCGUGUUUUGGUCCGUCGAGAGCCAGAGCGGUCUUUACGUCUUCUUCAAGACCGUGUGCGACAUCUACGAUCUCUUGCCCGCCGAGAACUACAAGUUACCACCGGAAGCCGAGGGCCUGGACGACGGCAACCUGGGCGUUGGUGAACCCGGAGACAGGAGCGACAGGAAGCAGCAACAGCACCACCACCAACCGAUGGGGAACAUCUCCAUCGCGAAGCCGCCCGCUCGUCGGGGUAUUGAAGACGGCGACUACUCCGGCGUGAACAGGACCAACACGAGGAGACACAUUAAGAGUAGUCCCUCGACAGGGAGCGCAGUCACCACCGUCCCCGAGGCAGACGAGGAUGACAGCUCCGACCUGUCCCACAGGCUACGGGGGAUGCGGAUAUCUGGGCCUUCUGGCCCCCAGGCAGUGCCCGAGGAGGACAGGGAAUCCGCCAACAUUCCGGUAGUAGUGGAGCACAGGCCGCACCUGGCAACCUCCGAGCAGCCGAACCGGCCAUCCAGUGUAGUCCCCCCGCCGGGGACGGCAGCGGGGCCCGAUAGCGAGCCGGAGCCGAAGCCUGCGCCAGGAUCCGAGGUCACGAAGCAGGCAGCGGCCGAGCCGGAAGCCCCGGUCCAAACCCAGAGCGCAGCGGAACCGGAGACUCGUCCCGGACCCGAACCCCAAAAAACUGAGCAGGAAUCGGGGCAACAAGACUCCAAGCCUGCGUCAAAGACAAAGGAGUCGCAGCCCCUCGCUCCAGUCCCUGACGAGCAGCAGCAGCAGGAGCAGGAACUCGAAGCCCAACCAGGACGAGGGCGUGUCCCCCGUAACUACUGA